CACGGCGACCGAGACCCAACACCCAAGCAGCGAAGCUCGUCUCGCCUAUUUCCUCGACUGCGUCAGGUCACUUCUCUCCCACCAGUUCCAGCCUCCUUCCACGACAAGCUAAUCUCCAGGAGAGCCCAAGCAUCCGAGUCGACACCAAUGGCGACCAAGAUAUACAUAGUGUACUACUCCACCUAUGACCAUGUCGCCAAGCUAGCAGACGAGAUCCUGAAGGGUGUGUCCUCCGUAAAAGGUGUGGAAGUCAAGCUAUGGCAGGUCCCGGAGACUCUUUCUGAAGAAGCACUCACAAAGAUGGGGGCUCCUCCGAAGAGGGAAGACGUGCCGGUCAUCUCACCCGCGGAGCUCGCCGAUGCCGACGGCCUCAUCUUCGGGUUCCCCACUAGAUUUGGCAUGAUGCCCACGCAGUUCAAGGCGUUCAUGGACGGCACCAGUGAGCUGUGGUGCCCGCAGCGGCUCGCCGGAAAACCUGCUGCAUUGUUCUUCUCCACCGGUUGCCAGGGUGGUGGCCAGGAAACCACUGCGCUGACGGCGAUUACGCAGCUUGUGCACCAUGGCAUGAUCUUUGUUCCAGUCGGGUACACGUUUGGGGCCGGCAUGUUUGAGAUGGAGCAGGUGAAGGGUGGCAGCCCGUAUGGGUCUGGCACCAUUGCGGGGAAUGGAUCAAGAGUUCCCACUGAGCUUGAGCUGAAGCAAGCCUUCCACCAAGGGAAAUACUUUGCGGGGAUCGCGAAGAAGCUCAAGGGUUCUCCAUGAUCAAUCACCACCAAUAUUAUGUAUUAUGUCUACAUGAAUAAAGUUUGAGUUAGCUCUGA